AUGAUGGCCAAAAAUGUGGACAACUCUCACAUCAUUGAGCGAAGACUUCGACCCAUUUAUGAUUGUUUGGAUAACGGGAACAACAAGAAGGCUCUUCAGGAGGCGGACAAAGUGCUUAAGAAGCAGAAGGACUUGUUGUGCGCCAAAACCGACAAAGCGGUGGCCGAAGCGGUGACACAACUCAAGACAUUGAUGGACACCGAAGACGAGAAUAAACAGCAAUUAUCGUACGAUUCGUUGACCGAAAUUCACAAAUGUCUUCAACGAAUUGACACCAAUUAUGAGCUCUAUUUCUACCAACUCUUGGAUGAAUGUCGCGUUGUUUUACCUCAAAGUCGAAAGAACAAAGAACUCGAGGACCGUUUGGCUGAAUUGAAUUGCAAGCAAUCCAACAGAGAAUACAAUUCGAUGACCUCUUCGGUGAGCGUCGGCUCCAAUCCGGCCAAACAGUCGGCCGAAAGCGUCUCAUUUGGGGCCGAAUUCCGUCAAAUGCGUCCGACACUCAUCGCCACCGCCAACGCAUUCCUCACAAUUGGCGGCACUUUCUUCUUCUGCUAUAAAGCGGUCGAGUAUUCACUUCCGGAGCCAAAUAUCUCCUCUCAAAUACUGAGCGGACUCUUUGGCGCUCUGGUCGUAGCCAUGGCUGAGAUCUACUUUUUGGUCAGAAUUAUAUAAACAAAUCACUUCUUUUGUUAACUCUUUUUUAAGAAUAUAUUUAUUGUUAAAUAAUUUAAGAAACACUUUAAACACAAAUAUCAUGUAAUAAUCGGAAAUAAAUUUAAACGAAAUGCACUUUAAUUACAA